ACCGGCCCCAAUUCUCGCCCCGGCUGGUUCGCCGUGCCGGCCCCCGUCCGCGAGCUCUUCAAGUUAUUCCCUUUGACCACCCUCCCCGCCGAUCCUCUCCCCGAGAGAGCUCCCGAAAGGACGCGGCCGCGACCUCGUCUGUACGUCUUUGCCAGGACCGAGGAAGACGCUCGAAGCGGCCGGCCGAGCUUCAAUCCGCAAUGCUUGAAGUGGCAGACCUUCCUUCGCAUAGCCGGCGUUGAAGUCGACGUUGUGCCCUCCACCAACCAUGCCUCUCCCUCCGGCGCAUUGCCCUUCCUCCUCCCGCCAACAAUAACACAAUCGUCAUCGACAACGACAGAAUCAAAAGCUGCUCCGGCAUUGAUACCUACAAGACCUCUCACCGGCAGCAAGAUCGAGCGCUACGCCAAAGACCACUCCUCUCACGACAUACCCGCCGAUUCCUCCUCCCCUUCCCGACUCGAAGCCUACGAAGCACUCCUCUCACAGAGCCUUCGUCCCGCAUGGCUACACACUCUCUACCUCGAUCCCCUCAACAUCCCCCUCCUCAAAACCCUCUACCUCCCCCCCUCGCCAAUCCUCCAGCUCCCUUCCCUCCACGUCCUCCGCAACGCCGCCACCGCCGAGAUCCUCAAGACCACCCGCUCCGCCAUCAUAUCCCCCGACCAGCUCCUCUCCGACGCCACCGACGCCCUGCGCUCGCUCUCCGCCUUGCUCUCCGACGACGAAUGGUUCUUUGGCCGCCCCGAGCCGGGCCUGUUCGACGCCGAGGUCUUUGCGUACACCUACUUGAUCCUGGAUCCGCAGUUUGGCUGGGCGGGGGAUCAUCAUUCGCUGGCCAAGUGCCUAGUAAAGUUUGGUAACUUGGUCGAGCACAGAACAAGGCUGUAUGAGAGAUGUUGG